AUGCUUAAGAAGAAGAGAGGGAAGGAGGGCAAUGCGGCCAAGUACACAACGCGCAACCAGGCGCUCGUGCGCCUGCAGCUCAAACUAGCCGACUUCAGGCGGCUGUGCAUUCUGAAGGGCAUUCACCCGCGCGAGCCGAAGAAGAAGACCAAGGGCGCGCACAAGACGUAUUACCAUGUCAAGGACAUCAACUUCCUCGCACACGAGCCGCUCUUGGAGCUCCAAAGGGAGAUGCGCGCGCAGAGGAAGAAGAUCCGCAAGGCGAAGGGGCGCCUGGAAACGGAGAAGGUGGAGCGACUUGAGCGCAGCCUGCCACGUGUGUCACUGGAUCACCUCGUCAGGAGAGGUACCCAUCGUUCAUCGAUGCGAUCAGGGAUCUGGACGACGCGCUCACCAUGCUGCACCUCUCUCUCUCUCCCGCUCCCCCCUCUCCUCCGCCCCUCUCCUCCACGCAGGUACCCAUCAUUCAUUGACGCGAUCAGGGACCUAGACGAUGCAUUGACCAUGCUGCACCUCUUCGCCACGCUUCCCGCCGAUGCCACCUUCCGCAUCCCCGCCACCCGCGUCAACAACGCGCGCAGGCUGUCCCUCGAAUGGCAGGCGUACAUAACACGCACUCACGCCCUGCGCAAGGUGUUUGUGUCCGUUAAAGGCAUCUACUACCAGGCGCAGGUGGUGGGGCAGGCGGUGACGUGGCUGGUGCCACAUCAGCUCAUGCAGGUCAUGCCCACUGACGUGGACUUCCGAGUGAUGCUCACCUUCCUGGAGUUUUAUGAGACCCUAAUGGGCUUUGUCAACUUCAAGCUGUACCACGAGCUGCGUCUCGCCUACCCUCCUCGCCUCGACCCGCGUCUCGAGAAGGCUGCUGCAGACCUGUAUGCAGUGAUGCGCAAACUGGCAGAGGCGGCAGCAGCAGCGAGGCAGAAGCGAGAGAGGAAGGCCAUCAAGGCAGCCGCUGCCGCUACUGCCGCUGCUCUUGGCGCUGCUCCUGCUGACGCUGCUGCUGCUGCUGCUGCUGGUGAUGAUGCUGAUGCGUUGCAAGAGAGGGCUGAGAAAAGCACAGAUGAAGGAGGAGAGGAGGGAAAGGCAGAGGCAGGGGCAGAAGGGGGUGCUGCUGCUGCAGAACCAGCAAAACCAGCAGCAGGAGAAGGAGAGGGUGCAGCAGCGGCAGCAGCAGCAGAACCCCCAGUGGAUCCAGAGAAGGAAGCAUCGGAGAAGCUUCCCGCACUGCGCAAGCAAGCAACAGCAUCACGAAUGGCGUCCCUUCAAAGCCGACUGGCAGCCAUGGCAGCCGCAGCAGAGGACAACCCCGAUGAGGAGGAGAAAGCAGAAGGCGGUGCGGGGAGAAAAGGCACGGGUGGAGCAGAGGCAGAGGAGGAGGAGGAAGGGGAUGAGGAUGAUGAGGAGACGAGGGCGUGUCGGCGGUUGUUCAAAGGACUCGUGUUCUUCCUCGGAAGGGAGGUGCCCCGGGAGCCGCUGCUGUUUGUGAUUCGGGCUUUUGGAGGCAGGGCGAGUUGGGAGGGCGAGGGUGCACCCGCUCCUGAGACAGAUGAAGCCAUCACUCAUCAGGUGGUGGAUCGGCCGCAGCAGAAGCACCGCAUUCUCUCCCGGGAAUACGUGCAGCCGCAGUGGGUGUUCGACUGCGCCAAUGCACGCAUCCUCCUGCCCUCCGCGCCCUACGCCCCCGGCCUUGUGGCGGUGGGGGGAGGGGAGGACGAGGUGAAAGCUGAAGAGGCUGCGCUGGCUGCCAAGAUUGCAGAGGUUGCGGCAGAAGAGAAGGCGUACGCUGCUGAUCUGGCCAAAGAGCUUUCGGGCAUCCCGUUCUCCUCCUCACUGGUCCAAGGGAAGGCGAGCAAGGACGGGGAGGAGGAGGUGCCUGGUUUGUGA